AUGGCCUCCGCUCAGUCGCAAACAAUUUCCAAGCGUCGCAAGUUCGUUGCGGACGGUGUUUUCUACGCCGAGUUGAACGAGUUCUUCACUCGUGAGUUGGCUGAGGAGGGUUACUCCGGUGUUGAGGUCCGCGUCACCCCGACCGUCACCGAUAUCAUUAUCCGUGCCACCCACACCCAGGAGGUUCUCGGAGAGCAGGGACGCCGCAUCCGUGAGCUUACUUCGCUCAUCCAGAAGCGCUUCAAGUUCCCAGAGAACUCUGUUUCUCUCUACGCUGCUAAGGUCCAGAACCGUGGUCUUUGCGCCGUUGCCCAGUGCGAGUCUCUCCGCUACAAGUUGCUCAAUGGUCUUGCUGUCCGUCGUGCGUGCUAUGGUGUUUUGAGAUUUAUCAUGGAGUCUGGUGCCAAGGGUUGUGAGGUCGUUGUCUCCGGAAAGCUGAGAGCUGCCCGUGCCAAGUCAAUGAAGUUCACUGACGGCUUCAUGAUCCACUCCGGCCAGCCCGCCCGUGACUUUAUCGACUCUGCUACUCGCCACGUCCUUCUCAGACAAGGUGUGCUCGGUAUCAAGGUUAAGAUUAUGCGCGGAAACGACCCCGAUGGCAAGUCAGGACUCCAGAAGUCUCUUCCCGACACUGUUACUGUUAUCGAGCCCAAGGAGGAGGCCCCUAUCGGACAACCUUCAUCCCAGGACUAUGGUGCCAAGGCUGAGGCUGCCCGUGCUGCCGCUGCCCAGGCUGCUGCUCAGGAGCAGGCUGCUGAGGAGCAGACCGGUGUUGAGACUGGUAACGAGGGUGCUGUCGCCGGUGACUUCAACCCCGAGUCUGCCCCCAUCGUGUACGCUGCCCCUACUGAGUACGUUGCCCCGGUCUCCCAGACUGAGGCGGCGGGUGAUGAUGGGUGGUAA